AUUGCUAUUCUUAAGAAGUAGAAAAUAUGGGUUUGAAAGGUAAGUUGAUUGCUUUAAUGGAGAUGAAGUGUGGAGGAGACUCAUUUUUUGAUAUUCUUCACACCAAUACUCAUUAUGUACCCAAUUUAAGUCCUACAAAUGUCGUUCAUUUUGGGAUUCAUGAAGGUGAAAUCAUAAAGCCUGGUUCGAUCGUUAGUUGGAAAUAUAACGAAGCUGGACAGGAAAUGUAUAUGAAGCAAUUAAUUGAAUCCGUCGAUACUCACAAGAAAUCAAUCAAAUGGAAAGUUAUUGAAGGAGAUCUAUUAAAGUUGUAUAAUUACUUUAAUGUUAUAACAUCUUGUGAAGGCCAGUGGACUACUUGGACUAUUGAAUAUGAAAAGAAAACUGAAGAUACUCCAGAACCCCUCGUUCACUUUGGUGUUGUCCUUGCCAUGAUCAAGGAUAUAGAAGGUCGCCUUGUCAAGAAAUAGUGUGUAUAUAUAUACACACACAUUAGAAAUAAGUGUGUUUGUAUGAUGAAUAAUUUGCGAGUUCUAGCUAGCAUGUGGAAUAAUAAAUAAUAUAAUGUCUAUGUGACUAUGUCCAUACACAUUAUAAGUAUGUGUGUGUUUGGUGAUGAAUAAUUUGCGAGUUCUAGCUAGCAUGUGGAAUAAAUAAUAUUGUUUUUGAUGAA